AAACGGGCCGCUAUUUGGAGAUGAGGGGCCGGAAGUGGUGGAUGGUGCUGACAGUUGUCAGUCUCGUAGCCACACUUGGCUAUGUGGAAGGUGUCCUGGGUCACCCUCGGCUCCAUGCCGCCUCCAGGCCGGAUCCUGCCAACAGGAUUUUCCAGGCCCCCCGGGAAUAUCACACCUGCUUCAUUGAUCAGAAGAUCGACCACUUUGGUUUUUAUGAAAAUCGCACUUUCAAACAGCGCUACCUCAUAGCUGAGCAACAUUGGAAGAGAGAUGUUGGGUCAAUCCUGUUCUAUACUGGCAACGAAGGAGAUAUCACCUGGUUUGCUAAUAAUACAGGUUUUAUGUGGAAUGUGGCUGAGGAGCUUGAUGCCAUACUGGUCUUUGCUGAACACAGGUACUAUGGGGUGUCUCUGCCCUUUGGAAACAAAUCAUUCAGUGAUGCCAAGCACCUGAAUUACCUGAGUUCAGCACAAGCUCUGGCUGAUUUUGCAGUCCUCGUGCAGCACUUGAAAGCCACAAUCCCUGGAGCCCAAGACACUCCUGUUAUUGCCAUAGGGGGGUCGUAUGGAGGGAUGCUCGCAGCCUGGUUUCGCAUGAAAUAUCCUCAUAUUGUGAUUGGAGCACUUGCAGCUUCGGCCCCUAUCUGGCAGUUUGACAGCCUGGUUCCUUGCGGUACUUUUUACAGUAUAGUGACCCAAGAUUUCAAAAAGAGUGGGAAUUGCUGUUCAGAAAGUAUCAGGAACUCCUGGGCAGCCAUUAACCGCCUGGCUUCCACAGAGGAAGGCUUACGCUGGCUCUCUUCCACGUUUCGCCUGUGCACACCUCUGAAAACAGAGACAGACGCUGCUACCUUCAAAGGAUGGCUAGGUGAGACCUGGGUUAACCUGGCUAUGGUUGACUACCCCUAUAAGGCUGACUUCUUGCAACCCCUCCCAGCCUGGCCUAUUCAGGUAGUUUGUAAAUACUUGAAAAAUCCCAAACUGCCGGACAAAUUGCUGCUCCAGAAUAUCUUCCAGGCAGUAAAUGUCUACUACAACUACACAGGACAUGCGUCGUGCCUGAACCUAACUCAGACCGCCACAAAAAGCCUUGGGAUUCAGGGCUGGUAUUAUCAGGCUUGCACCGAAAUGGUGAUGCCCAUGUGUUCCGAUGGAGUCAGCGACAUGUUUGAGCCUCAGAAGUGGGACUUCCACACAUAUUCGGAGGAAUGCUUCAAAAACUGGGGGGUGCGGCCGCGUCCAUCUUGGAUCCCCACUUUCUAUGGGGGGAAGAACAUCAGUGCCCACAGCAACAUCAUUUUCAGCAAUGGUGGGCUUGACCCCUGGUCUGGGGGUGGCGUCACAAAGAACAUCACCAACACUCUGGUGGCCGUUGUGAUCCCGGAAGGCGCUCAUCACUUGGAUCUUCGCUCCAAUACGCCUUUCGAUCCGGAUUCCGUCCUUCAAGCUCGCCUCUUGGAAGUUCACUACAUGAGGCAAUGGCUGCGGCAGUACCACCAAAGAUCUCAUAGGCACCCCAAAUAACUAAAGACCGUGGGAUGAUUGUAAUCAAUUUUUUCCACUGCUGACGUCACUGAAUGUAAUCAUCAGUGUGGCUUGCCUUGCAAACAUUCUUGAUCUCUCUUUUCCUCUCUCCUUCUGUUCCAAGCUCUCUGUUUGAGCCAUUUGGUUCGAUGAAGAAUUUUUGAAGAAGCUGAUUUAUGCCCUCCCAGGACUCUGAUGCCAGUUGUAGCACUGAGUCUGCAUAGGCAUUUCCUAGUUGAGCUCAGGGACUGAAACAUAUUUAUGGGGGAAUGGGGAGGCAGGUACCUUCCCCUCUUCUCCCUGUGUGUACAUGGCUUACUUUCAAUAGGAUAUUAUUCUGAGUUUAAAAGGAGAUUAGACAAAAAAAUUGAAGCAGGUAGGUCUAGCAGUAGCUGGUGGGUCUCCAACUCUGCCAUACACCUGUUGUGGGACUAUUGCUCCCAUUAUCUUCAUCAUAGGACAUACCAUUGUCUGGAUCUGAUGGAAGUUGGAGUCCAGCAAUAUCUAAUUGUUGAGAGCUUGUCACCAUGAUAGCUGCCUUUAAUAGUUGUGUUAUACACUGAAUGCCAUAUCUUGAGGAAGCAACAUAGUGAAUGAAGGAUGCUCUCUCUAGGGAGCUCCCAGGCAAAACCUCUGGCAGGUCUGUUCAGAACCAUCAGAUGGAUCUUUGGAUGGAUCCAGCAGGACCCUUGGAAUCAUAGGGCUGGAAAAAACCCAAAGGGUCAAGGUCAUCCAGUCCAACCCAUUCUGCCAUGCAGGGUUGCAUAAUCAAAGCACUCCCAAAAGAUGACCAUCUUUUUAAAAACCUCCAGAGAAAGAGACUCCACCACAGUCCCAGGCCAAUUAAUUCUAUGGCCAGUUAUGAUAUAGUGAUAUUGCAAGGGCAGAUGGACAAGCAGAGAACUUCUUUUAUGUCUGCCUUUCAGGGAACUGAAAGCACUGAAACUGUGAAAUCUAUUUUGCCAGAAAUAGGAGUGUGCUCUCUUUAUUUGAAAUGCUGCAUUUCCAGAUUUUUACAUUUUCUUUUCUAGGAAGUGGGUUUUAUUUUGCCUCAGGGACCAGUAGAGGCCCCAUUUAGGUCUUGUAUAUGGCAAAUGUGGGCCUCCCAAUUUCCUGGUUGCCAUUAAAUGUGAACUCAGGAGGGAAAUCAGGGUGGGCCACAGGUUUUGUGUCCUCUUUCUGUCAGUUUUUCGGCCCUUAGCAGCCCCCAAGACAAUCACAGUUUUUUGUCCCCAAAUGCCUUCCAGGAGGCAUGGGGAACAUUUUUGCUACAUUUUGAAAUCCUGUUUGGCUAUUUAUAGGCUAUUUUAAAAAACGAAGUAAACGGGAAGGAUGGAAGGAAAGAAGGGGAAGAGGAAGAAAACAAACUCGGGAGCAAUGGACUGUUGGCAGCCAGCAGGUCUGGUCUACCUUCCCUCACAACCCUAGACGAGAUGCAUUCGCUAGCAACAGGAUUCUAGUCAAUUUGUCCCAUUAAUUCCAUGACCAAAGGAUAUUUUGGUUGAACUAUGCUGCUGUGUCUAUUUUGGUGUCAGCAAAUUCUGUGGACGAAAUGGGUGGGAUAGUUACUCCAGUGUCAGACAUUCUGACAUUUUUUUUGGGUUAGCUUCUUGGUAUUCAAAUCAUAGUCUCUUUCCGGUUUUCAUCCCGCAAACACUUUGAAUUCAAUGUUUUGGGAGUGGUGUUUCAGGGCACCGUUGCAGAGAUUUUAGGACUUGCCUUCUGUAUUUGCUCAGGAAAAAACUAUUUUAUUUCUAAAUCGCAUACUGCUCCUUCUUACUGCCUACCUUAGCAGGAGCAGCAUAAAAUAAAUCAUCAUGUAUCAA